CAAACUUUCAGUAGCAGAUCAACGACAAGAGCAAACAUAUCGGGAGCAGCAGUUUAAGAGUUUCUCCCAAACCUACAAAAAGGAGUUCCUCAUCUCAAGUUCACAUUUGGAUCUCCAUACUUGUUUUUUUGGGAUAAAGAUGAUGUUUACCGCUUUCAACACGGAGUGCGAUUCCUCCUCCCGCUGCAGCACCGCUUCCCCAUCCUACUACCCAUCACCAGCGGGAUCUUACUCCAGCAUGGGGUCUCCCCAGUCUCAGGAUUUCACUGACCUGACAGCAUCAAGUGCCUCCUUCAUACCCACUGUCACAGCUAUUUCGACAAGCCCUGAUCUGCAGUGGAUGGUCCAGCCUUUGAUCUCCUCAGUGGCCCCUUCUCACAGAGCACCCCCCUACAGCUCCAGCCCCAGCCCUGCAUACACCAGACCCGGCAUGAGGUCCGCAUCCAGGGCCACAUCUUCCAAGAGGGGCAGAAUGGAACAGGAGACACCAGAGGAGGUAGAGAAGAAAAAAAUUCGCAGAGAGAGAAAUAAGCAGGCAGCAGCAAAAUGCCGCAACAGGAGGAGAGAGCUUACAGACACUCUUCAAGCUGAAACUGAUGAGCUAGAGGAUGAGAAGUCCAGCCUGCAGAAUGAUAUUGCUAAUCUCAUGAAGGAGAAGGAAAGGCUUGAGUUCAUUCUGGCCGCCCAUCAGCCCAUCUGCAAGAUCCCCUCAGACCUGGACACUGACUUUUCAAUGGUCACCAUGUCUAAUGUCCACCCCCUCCUCUCCAUCGCCGUGUCCUCCCAGCCGCAGACUUCAACCACUAUCACUUCCAGCCAGCCAACCUUCACCUCAACCUCCAACUCCCUCUUCUCCAGCAGCAGCAGCAGCUCCGUCCUCUCCACCGCCACCAUCUCCAGCAGCGCGGUCAAGAUGACAGACCUGGACUCCUCCGUCCUGGAGGAGUCUCUGGAUCUGCUGGCGAAGACCGAGAUGGAGACGGCGCGGUCGGUCCCAGAGGUUGACCUGUCCAACUCCCUCUACACAACUCAGGACUGGGAGCCCCUUCACGCCGCAGCCAAUAACAAUGACUUUGAGUCCCUGUGCACGCCCGUGGUGACCUGCACACCGUCCGGCACCACCUACACGUCUUCUUUUGUGUUUACCUUCCCAGAGGCAGAGACCUUCCCCACUUGUGGCGUCGCCCACAGGAGAGGAAGCAACAGCAACGACCAGUCCUCUGAUUCCCUCAGCUCCCCAACCCUGCUGGCCCUUUAAAGACUCUUCCAAAAACAAUAAUACUUCCUAUUAAGCACAUUUUCUUGACAUAUGAGAUGUGCAGAUCACAGGGCUAUGGAAUGGACUUUUACCAGGAAGCAAAUUAGUUAUAAUUUCAUUUGCCUUUAAUCUAUACUUGCCUAUUACACCGAUGUAGCAAGUUAAAAACGCAUGUUUCAACUUAAUACCACCUAGUCAUUUUAUGAGUUCAUAUAUGAUUUUAUGGUGCUAGAUAACAAAAAACUUGUUGUAGUAUUGAUGUGUGUUCAGAGCAAUAGUUAUUAGUUUGUUUUCUGGUUGAUGGAAAGUGAGAGUAAUUGUGAAACUGUAUGUGAAAAACUUUAAAAAAACUGACGUGCUUUGUCUUAACCAUGAUGGUCUGAGUGGUCUAUUUUGGUAUGAAGUUUUCUGUGAAAACAAUAGUGGUUUUAAUUUAUGAAAUUUUAAAUUUAUUUUUUUACGCAGAGAGUAAAAGACGAAUGUUGUUUGUUAAAUAUGUAAAUAAAAGAUAGUGAUAUUUAAAUUCAUUAUCUGUCUGG